AUGAUCUCAGGAGGUCCUCCAUUCGGUGGAGGCCUCGGCUUCUCCCUCCCCUCCUUCAUCACGUCUUCUUCACGAAAACAACGGCUUCUCCUCCUCAUCUCCAUUCUAGUCCUCUCCUUCAACGGGUACGCCGACGCCACCAAGAAAUUCUCGGUGCUGCGAAUAUCGCCGCACAGCAAGCGGGACGUCGAGUUUUUGCAUGAGAUUCGCGAAAAGGACCAUGAUCUCGAUUUUUGGAAGGGACCGACAGCACCGGGCAAGGAGAUUCAUCUGAUGGUUGACGAGGACAAGACGGCAUUCAUCGAACGCGCGCUAUCUCGGCGCAACAUCUCCCACACGAUCAUGAUCGCCGACGUCGAGAAAGUGAUCGUCGACCAAAAGAAGAAACGAGCCAAGAUUGACAGCGAGCUGCGGUUGAGGGAUUGGCGCGAGGGAAAGAUCAACUUCAACCUGGCGCAGUACCACUCUUUUGCCGACGUCAUCAACUACCUGAACGCGCUAGCCGUCACGUACCCCGAGCUCGUCUCCGUCCAGCCGAUCGGAACGACGCACGAGGGACGCCAGAUUCCGCUCAUCAAGAUUACGAACAAGCGACUACCGGGCCCGAAGAAGGCCGUCUGGGUUGAUGGCGGCAUCCACGCACGCGAAUGGGUCUCGCCGAGUACUGUACUGUACUUUAUCCAUACGCUAAUCACCCAAUACGAUAAGGACCCGAAAAUCCGACAGUACGUCGACAGUUUGGAUUGGUAUCUCGUGCCGCUGCUCAAUCCGGACGGCUACGAAUACUCGCGAUCGAGCACGAACCCCGAAAUUCGACUGUGGCGCAAGAACCGCUCCCCGGCCAAGUGUAUCCAGGUGGCGUCCGGCCCCUUCCAACCGCCGCAACAGCAGUGCUGCCAGGGCGUCGACUUGAACAGAAAUUUCGACUGGUUCUUCGGCCAGGUCGGUUCAUCUACGGACCCCUGCUCCGAAAUCUACCAGGGUGCGUACGCCUUCUCGGAGCCGGAAACGCGCUCCGUCCGCGAUUUCCUCGCCCAGCACCGCAUUACGACGUUUAUUACGCUCCACUCCUACUCACAGAUUCUGAUGUACCCGUUCGGGCACCAAGUGCGCACCUACUCGAAUGAUCUCAACGAUUUGCACGCCACCGCCACGAACGCGGCGAGCGCGCUGCGGUCGCUGUACGGUACCCAGUAUCGAGUGGGAACCGGGGCUGAUACGCUGUACCCAGCAUCCGGCGGCUCUGAAGACUGGGCCAAGGGCAAGGCGCACGUAAAAUUCUCAUACUUGUUCGAGUUGAGGCCCGAGGAGCAGGUGUGGGAUGGCUUCCUGUUGGCCGAGAAUCAGAUCGUCCCCACGGCUCGUGAGACCUGGGAGGCGGUCAAGGUCAUCGCCGACUCGACGCUCAGACAUCAGGACUCUGCCACCCCGGCCGUCCGCCACCACCCUCAGCAAACAGUUCAGCACCGCCCCGCCGCCUUCCGCCCGGCGAUCUGUGAGGACAAAGACUCGCUGUGCGCGUCGUGGGCGGCGAGCGGCGCCUGCGACACGUGGCCCAUCAUGAAGGAGCGCUGCCCGGCGUCGUGUCGGGCCUGU